CGUCAAAGUCCAAUAGCAUUAAGGAUCGAAACGUUCCGUUUUUAAUUGAAUAUAAAAUUUUCGAAUUCGAGUUAUUCCACGAAUUCAAACUUUAUUCGAAGGAAAAUAAUCAUUCGAUUUCGAUACCCUUCUGGAAGCAAUUUAUAUACGAUUCGUUUUGAAACAUGAUUAGAAAGUGGUUAAAGUUCUGGGUUUUGGUAUUGUUGUCCGUGGACAUUUCUGCGAAAGAAGAGAAUUUUUACAAAAAUUAUAGAAUUGAGGGUAUCAAUAAACGUUCGUACCAAGAUGCAGAUUCAACGGAACACCCGGAACACAGUGGAUUCACAACGGAACAAGAAGAAGGAAUUUUAGAAUUGAUCAAUUCAGUCAGAGGGCGAGAUCGAUAUAAUCAAGUUUCAAAUCUAAUGAGAAUGGAAUGGAAUGAAAACUUAGCGAGUAUCGCUAAGAAAUGGAGCGAUCAAUGCAAAAUGGAAUUCGGUCCUUCUUCGUGUAAGAAGAAAUUCAGUCAAAAUAGAGGUAUCAUCAGCAAUUAUCUCCUCGAUCAAUUUCGCCAAAUAAAUGAUUGGGCAGAUGGUUCUAAUUAUACUUACAAAACCAAUACCUGCAAUGGUAUCUGUGAUUCAUACAAAGUGCUGAUGUGGGCCGAAAGUUACGCAGUUGGUUGUUCAAAAUCGAAGUGCAAGAAUUUUAAACAGGGAUAUUUUAUGAUAUGCAAUUUUUAUCCUCCUAUUCCAGAUCUAGGUUUGCAACCAUAUAAAGUAGGAAAGGCCUGUGCCGAUUGUCCAAGUGAUUCUACCUGUGAAGAAGGAUUCUGUGUUAAAAUGGAUAAAAGUAUUCCCAAAGAAAUAUUCGCCUGUAAAGAAAGCAUAGAUGACGAUGAAGGAAAUGAUAGCAAAGAUGACAUGAAUGGAAAGAAUGCUACAACUGGAUCCGGAAAUCGACCCAUUGCCCAUAUAGCGUCCUUGCUCUUAUUAGGAUUACUGUUUCCAUUACUGUUAUAAAUUUAACAAAUAUAAUUUAAUUAAAUAUGUAAAGCAAAAUUCAGUAAAAAUUGUUAAUUUUAAUAUUUUAAAUAUACUAAUAAAGUUACAUUCUCAAGUA